UACUCGAUAUCUUCCCAGAAAAUCAAUUGCCUUUGUUGUGAGGAAUAGUGAAGAAGAACAGAUGACCAAUCGUCUUCUCUUUAGAUCUGUCCUAUCAGACGGUUUGUAGGCGGGGAUUAGACAAGUCAAACAUAUUUUUCUGAUAUGAGCCGUUAGCGUCAAACUGAUAAACAUUUUUUAUUUAACCUUAAACGUUAGUAAAACUUCGUAAACCUUCGUCGGAAAUUUUAACUUUAAAACGCUACGAACCAACAGGCCAAAGGCGCCAAAGGCGAAGCUGACGUCAUCAACUUUGUCGCUAUAUUGAAUACGCUAAGCUAGCAACGCUAAGCUAGCAACGCUGCAUACCAUAGAGGUUCAAAAAUUGAAACCUAAAAUUUGAAAUGCCGAAUUUUUGCGCUGCACCGAACUGUACAAGGAAAAGUACUCAGUCGGAUCUGGCUUUCUUCCGCUUCCCACGAGACCCAGAGAGAUGCCGUAUCUGGGUGGAGAACUGCCGCAGAGCAGACCUGGAGGACAAAACCUCAGACCAGUUGAACAAACACUACAGAUUAUGUGCAAAACAUUUUGAUCCAGCCAUGGUUUGCAAAACUAGUCCCUACAGGACUGUGCUGAAGGACACAGCCAUCCCGACCAUAUUUGAUCUGACUAGUCACCUGAAAAACCCCCACACCAGACAUCGCAAGAGGAUCAAAGAACUAACUGAAGAAGACAUAAGAAAAAUGAAGGAGAGAAGAUUGGCAUCUUCCAUUGACCAGCUCGUUGCCAAAAAAGAUUUGUCAGGCGAAGACUCAACCAACGCCACCGAGGACGAACCUCAGCUCUCCACUGAGGACAGAGAGUUUCGAGAAUAUCUGAGGUCUUUGUUUGAGGUGGUUGUCAUGUCUGCAAAACAGUGCAUCCCUUUAACUGCAACUGAGAACGGGUCCGACAACUUCCAGACUCUGCUGGAGUAUCGCAUCAGCGUCGGAGAUGAAGCUCUGAGAAAACGGUUCGAGGCGACUGCUGUGAACACCAAAUACUUGAGCCAUGAGCAACAGAACCAGCUGCUGGACGUCUGUGAGAACACAGUCAGGGAGGAGAUGCUCCUGGAAGUAAGGGAGAGUCGAUUUUUCUCUCUGGUGACAGGCAACCUCCUGGAGUUUUCCGGUGAAAGAUACCUCCCUCUGUUUGUCCGCUUUGUAAAUCAGCAGAAUGUCCUUCGGGAGGAGUUUGUAGAUUUUGUGUUGUUUGAUGUUGACGAGCCGUCACUGGUGGAAAGACUAGAGGCCCAGCUCACAGAUCGUUGGGGUUUGAGUAUGGAAGACUGCCGUGGUCAGGCCCACCAGGCCAGUGGUUCCUCCACCACCAAGAUGAAAGCUGUGGCAGUAUUACUGAUGGAGAAGUACCCUCUGGCUCUGAACAUGCCCUGCUCCCACACAGCUCUGAAUGUCCACCUAGCCAACAGUCUACCUUAUCCUAAUGUCCAGGUCAUCAUGGAGACACUGAGAAGAAUUGGUAACCUCUUCAGAACCCACUCCACUCAGUAUGAACUUGAGGCUUCCAUUGCUACCCAUCACCAGAAGAAUGAAGAGAAGGCUGCAGUUCUAAAACAAGCCUGUGCAGCAGGGUGGACGGAGCGCCACGAUGUCUUUGACGUUCUUCUGGAUCUGUUCAUGCCCCUGAUUCUCUGCAUGGACGUUAUCUGGACCAAUAACGAAGGAAAGUUUAACAACACUGUCUCAGCAGACGCAUACAGCAUCGCAGAAAUUCUCGCUGACUUUGAGAUUAUCGUCACCAUUGUUAUUUUAAAAAACGUCCUCACCUUCACCAGGGCCUUUGGGAGAAAUCUCCAAAAAGAAACACUUGACGUGUUCUUUGCUGCCAACAGUCUCACUGCUGUCUUGCAUUCCCUCAACGAGGUCAACGACAACAUCGACGUCUAUCACGAGUUCUGGUACGAGGAGGCCAUGAGUGUGGCUACUGUCAUGGAGAUUCCUGUGAAACUGCCCAGACUGUUCCUCCGUAAGCAGCAGGUGGCAGACAUGGAUGAGAUCCAGACAGAAGCCUAUUUUAAGGAGUACGUGACCAUUCCUGUUAUCCGUGGAGUCAUGCAGGAGGUGGAAGACAUGUUCUCAGACACCAACCUCAAAGCUCUUAAAUGCCUGUCCCUGGUCCCAGCCAUCAUGGGUCAGAUGAAGUUCAACACCAAUGAGGAGAACCACGCAGAGGUUUACCGUGGCGAUCUGCCCAACCCGGACACGCUUCCUGCCGAGCUGCACUGCUGGAGGAUCAAGUGGAAGCAUCGGGGCAAAGAGGUGCGACUGCCGACCACCAUUCAUGAGACCCUACAGUUGCCUGAUGUCAAGUUCUUUCCCAACGUGAACUCCUUCCUGAAGGUCCUCUCCACAUUACCUGUGCUCCAACUAGAAGACAAGGACGGGAACUCGGCCAAUCAGCGGCUGCAGGCGUAUCUCGCCAACACACCAGUGCAGCUGCGCAACAAAAGUCUUGCCAUGCUCAGUAUCAACACCCAUGUCAAACAUGACCUGGAUGUCAUGGUUGACAAAUACUGCAGACUUUAUUCUGAGGAUGAGCCGGAGGCUGAGGAGACGACUGAGGAGGAGGCUGCUGCGAAGUAAUUCCAAAACAGAGAAGGGGGAAAUGAUUUGGUCAUUUCACAAAUGGCAAAUAAUUUCAGCCUCAGUCUACUCCUCUACCAAGAAACUGAUGUUUAGAAACACUCACUCCUUGACACCAAGGUCCAUAGAGAAUUUUAGUGAAUUUAGGUCCAUAGAGAAAAUCAUUGAUUUUGGCUGCUGCUCCACUGCUGCCUCCUGUGGUCAGUUUCUGUUACUGAGUUCAAUCUGAUCUUAAAUCGAUAGAUUUCAAUCAGUGAUGUCACAAAAACACAUUUGAACUUGAAUACAUUUUGAUGGAGGCAGGAGUGGAUCAACAACUGCUGUGUUUCUGGAGGCUAGAAUCACUGGAUUUCACUAUGAGGUUUGGUGUCAAAGAGUCGAUCUCACACAAACUGAGGGUUUAGGUUAAAGACUGAAUAAAUGAUUGGUUUACAAAGACUCAGCUAGUCGAAUGAACAUUGGCUGUUACUGUGGUAAAAGUAUGUUGUGCUGGAUAAGGACAAGAAAUGAGGAGGAACUGGAAGAAAACAGACCAUAGUCCUGGAAGAUGGUGGUUCUAUGGUACAUGUACCACUUGUGGCAGUGAGGCAGCAUAAGUGUUAAUAAACAGUGUGAAGGUUGAUAAAAUCAAGGUGUGGGAAAAAAGGUCCCAGCUGAUGGUGCAGUACUGUGGCAUUGUAAAUGAUCAUUUUUGAUUCGCUCCCAAAAUAUAAAAACUGAUGGAGGACUGUGUUGUGAGGGGGUGGGUAGUGUGUGUGUGAGGUGAAGCACAAAGCUGUUUGCCUUCUAAGCCUCGUCUUACAGUCACACUGGGUUAUUUUGCAGAACCUGUCACAGAACUGAGCUGUAAAUAUUUUUACAUUUGUUUUUUUAAAUAAAUAUUUUAUGUAUCAGAAAACA